AUAGAGUCAAUGUUUUGAUAUCACUUUCUCUUCAACUAUGGAAAGAGCUUCUUUCUCUCUCAGACCAAACAAAUGGAUUCUUCUGUUUUACUUACCAAUGUUUUUGCUGCUGCAAUAGGCUUCUUCGUGAUCUUUAAAAUGUUUAGAUCCCAUCAAGAAAACAAAGAACCCAAUUCUUCUUCGUCUUCUUCUUCUUCUUCAUCAUCAUCAUCAUCAUCAUCAUCAUCAGUUCCUUCAUCUAAUACCUGGACAUACGACGUCUUUCCGAGCUUCCGGGGAGAAGAUGUCCGCAAGAAUUUUUUCAGUCAUAUUCAGAAGGAGUUCCAGAGAAAAGGAAUCACACACUUCGUUGAUAAUGAGAUGAAGAGAGGAGAAUCCAUCCGUCCUGAAAUCAUAAGUGCCAUCAGAGAUUCUAAGGUCGCCAUCAUCUUGAUCUCGAUGAACUACGCUUCUUCGAUGUGGUGUCUUGACGAACUGGUUGAGAUUAUGAAGUGCAAGAAAGAGUUGGAUCAAAUUGUGUUGCCAAUUUUCUAUGAAGUUGAACCUUCUCAUGUAAAAAAACUUACCGGAGAUUUUGGAAAGGUUUUCAGAAAGACUUGUCGGGGUAGAAGCAAAGAAGAAACUGAGAGAUGGAGACAAGCUCUGGAGGACGUAGCUACAACCGUUGGUUACCACUCGAUGAACUGGGAUAAUGAAGCGGCCAUGAUAGAAAAAAUCGCCACUAAUGUUUCAGCAGAGCUGCUAAAUUAUGCGCCAUCAAGUGUUUUGGACAGUUAUGUUGGGAUGAGAGAUCACAUGGUAAAGAUGGAACAAUUAUUAUGCCUCUCUGAUGAAGUGAGGAUGAUAGGGAUUUGGGGUCCUUCUGGAAUUGGUAAGAGCACCAUAGCUAGAGCUCUAUUUGGAGAAUACAUUCAUAAGUUCCAGUACAGUGUCUUCAUGGACAAUAUCAGAAGACGCUAUCCAAUACCUUGUCACGAUGUAUACAGCACACAACUGCAACUACAAACAGAGAUGUUAUCUCAAAUAAUCGACCAGCAGGAUAUCAAGAUUCGUCAUUUGGACGUUGCAAAAGACAGAUUAAAAGACAAAAGAAUACUUGUCGUUCUUGAUGAUGUGGACCAUGUGAUGCAACUCCAUGCACUGGCUAAAGAAGCUCGUUGGUUUGGUCCUGGAAGUCGGAUUAUCAUGACAACGCAAGAUAAAAGAGUUUUGCAUAGACAUGGAAUUAACCAUAUACAUGAGGUGGGUUUCCCAUCUGACGAAAAGGCUCUUAAAAUAUUCUGCAUGUAUGCUUUUGGUCAAAAGUCACCGUAUUAUGGUUUUGAGAGCCUUGCUAGGAAAGUUACACAACUUGCCGGUAACCUCCCUCUAGGACUAAUGGUUAUGGGAUCCUAUUUUCGAGGAAUGUCGAGGCAGGAGUGGGAAAUGGAACUACCAAGGUUAUGGAGUAGCCUUAACGGAGAAAUUGAGAGCAUUUUGAAGUUCAGUUAUGAUGCUUUAUGUGAUGAAGAUAAAGAUUUAUUUAUCUAUAUAGCAUGUUUCUUCAACAACGAAUGGAUUAAAAGAGUAGAAGAAUUUCUACCAGAGAAUUUUUCUAAAGUGAUAUGCGGUCUUCGAAUUUUAGCUGAUAAAUCUCUCAUAUCUAUCGACCGUGGAUACAUAAAGAUGCAUAAUUUGCUAGCGUGUUUGGGUAGAGAAAUUGUUCGUAAACAAUCAAUUCAUGGCCCUGGGCAGUGGCAGCUUUUGGUUGAUGGUAGAGAGACAUGCCAAAUACUGAGUAACUCCUAUACACCAGGUAGUAUAAAUGUAAUAGGCAUAGAUUGCGAAUAUUCAGAGAUCGAGAAUGGGUUAUACAAAAAUGACAAAGCCUUUGAGAAAAUGAGUAAUCUCCAAUUCUUAAGGAUCGGUGAUACACGCCCGAGAUUGCACUUACCACAAAGUCUGAAUUACUUACCUCGGACACUUAAAUUACUAGAUUGGGAUGGUUUCCCAAUGACAUGUUUGCCUACAAAUUUCAAUCCGGAGUUCCUCAUAGAUAUAUACAUGCCUUCAAGCAAUAUUGAGAAACUGUGGAAAGGAAGUCAAACAAUUAAAAAUCUCAAGCGGAUGUGUCUGAGGGAUUCCAUAAACCUGAAGGAGGUUCCUGAUCUCUCAACAGCCACUAAUCUCAGGAAUUUGGAUGUCAGCGGUUGCUCAAGUUUGGUGGAGCUCCCGUCAUCUAUUGGGAAUGCUACUAAUCUCAAUGAAUUGUUUCUUAGUCGUUGCCCAAAUAUGGUAGAGCUCCCAUCUUCCAUUGGGAAUGCUACCAAACUCAAGAAAUUGGAUCUUAGUGGUUGCUCAAGUCUGGUGAGACUUCCGUUUUCUAUUGGGAAUGCUACCAAUCUCACAGAUUUAGAUCUCCGUGACUGCACAAGUCUGGUGGAGCUCCCAUCUUCUAUUGGAAACCUUCAUAAGUUGUCGUCGUUUAUUUUGAAAGGUUGCUCAAAGAUAGAAGCCAUUCCGGUCAAUAUCAACAUGAAAUCUCUAACAACACUUGAUCUUUCUGAUUGCUCCUUGUUGAAAACAUUUCCUGAGAUUUACGCAAACAUUAAACGUCUCAUGCUCAAUGGAACUGCAAUAGAAGAAAUUCCUCCAUCAAUCACGUUAUGGUCUCAUGAUCUUUAUCAUUUUGCUGUGUCAUACAGUGAAAACCUUGGGAAUUCCAUACAUGCUUUAAACCUCAUCACGGAGCUGCACGUGUGCGAUCAAAGAAUUCAAGAACUUGCUCCAUGGAUCAAGGAAAUGACUCGUCUACGUAAACUUAUAAUCAGUGGAUGCGCAAAGCUAGUUUCUCUCAUGCAGCUCCCAGACUCCUUAGAAACCCUAGAAGCGAAAAACUGUGUGUCCCUAGAGAGACUAGAUUCUUCUUUCCCCAAUAAAAAUCUCUGGAAAUUGGAUCUCAGUGGUUGCUCAAGCCUUGUGGAGCUCCCAUCUUCUAUUGGGAAUGCUACUAAACUCAAGGAAUUGAAACUCGGUAAGUGCUCAAGUUUAGUGGAGCUCCCCUCCUCUAUUGGAAACCUUCACAGGUUGCAGAGGUUGAAUUUGAAAGGCUGCACAAAGCUAGAAUCUCUUCCGAUGGAUAUCAACAUGGAAUCUCUCAGGGAAGUUGAUCUCGCUGAUUGCUCAUCGUUGAGAACAUUUCCUAAGAUGAUCUCCACAAACAUCGAACGCCUCAAGCUCAAGGGAACUGCAAUAGAAGAUAUUCCAUCAUCAAUCAUGUCAUGGUCUCAUGAUCUUUAUCACUUUACUGUGUCAUACAGUGAAAACCUUGGGAAUUCCAUGCAUGCUUUUGGCCUCAUCACAGAGUUGCACGUGUGCGAUCAAAGUAUACGAGAACUUGCUCCAUGGAUCAAGGAAAUGUCUCGUCUACGUAAACUCGUAAUCAGUGGAUGCACAAAGCUAGUUUCGCUCCCGCAGCUUCCAGACUCCUUACGAUACCUAAAAGCAGAAAACUGUGAGUCACUAGAGAGACUAGAUUCUUCUUCUUUUCAAGAUGUUGGAGCCAACUUUGGUAAUUGCUUCAAACUGAAUCAAGAAGCAAGAGAGUUAAUCAUAAGGACUUGUAGGUUUGCGGUCUUACCUGGAGAACAAAUGCCCACGUACUUUCUUUGGCAGGCCACCGGGAAACGGAAUGGCACGGAUAUACGUCAUCAUCAUCAGCCUCCUUCACCAUUGAUGGGAUUGAAGGCUUGUGUGUUGGUAGUUAAUAAGGGUGACGCCGAGAGGAAGGAGGAGGUGGAUGUAUACUAUUGCAUCAAGAAUAGUACCACCAGUGUAAGGCGUAGAUCAGGAAUACACACGCAACGUUUUCAACUUUUAAACGAGCAUCUCUACACGUUCGAGAGGGAAGAAAAGGUGAAUUGCAGAGAAUCAGUCUUUGAGUUUGAAGUCAGAGAUAAGAAUUGGGAGGUUAGAGAAUGCGGUCUAAAUUUUGUUCCCACAACUUUGAUCGUGUGAUUUUUUCUUGUGGUCAUGUCUGAUUUGGAUUAACUGAUGAUUUC